ACACGUUGCCGACUCGUCAUCAAGUGUUGUGGAAAGUGGAGUUAAUUUUAGUUUUACAGCAAACUUCUCAUCAUUAGCGUGUAUUGAAUUGUUCGGGUAGUUGUGUAUGCCAAAAUUUUGAUAAAAAAUGUCUGGAAAAAAAGAAAAUAAAGCUUUUACUAAAGAAGAAGAAUUAUUGCUUCAAGAUUUCAGUCGAAAUGUUUCCACAAAAUCAUCAGCUUUAUUUUAUGGUAAUGCAUUCAUCGUAUCGGCAAUUCCAAUAUGGUUAUUCUGGAGAAUCCAUAUGAUUGAUUUAUACUCAUCGUUUAUCUCAUUCAUUUUGGUUACCGUUGGCUCUACAUAUUUAGUGGCAAUGGCAUAUCGUAAUACAAAAUUUGUAUUAAAACAUAAAAUUGCUGUGAAACGUGAAGAUGCUGUUACACGGGAUAUGAAUCGUAAAUUAGCAGAAGAUAAAAAAAUGAGCAAAAAAGAAAAGGAUGAACGUAUCUUAUGGAAGAAAAAUGAAGUUGCCGAUUAUGAAGCUACAACAUUUUCAAUUUUCUACAAUAAUGCAUUAUUUUUGGCUAUUGUUAUAUUUGCCAGCUUCUAUUUGCUUCGUUCAUUUACACCAGCUGUUAAUUACAUUUUAUCUGUAGGAACAACAGCAGGACUUUUAGCGUUAUUAUCGACUGGAUCACAAUAAAAAAACACAUCAUAUUAUUUAAUUUAUAUUAAUUUUUAUUGUUAGUUUAUUAUAUAAACAAAGUUCGUAAAUAAAAAA